AUGAGCGUGCCCGGCACCCUCUCCGCCGUUGCGGCCCCGUCAAACACCACCACCACCACCACCACCACUACUGUCGCCCACGCCACGGAGAGCGCGCGUGUUAAGAGUGACGUGGCGCGGCCGCAGGUGAUGACUGCGCCUGCGCGGGGAGCUCAAAUCGCUUCUCUUGUGCAGACCCAGCCGGACCAAAUGUUUCAGUUGGACGGGCGGCAAGCUCCUUAUCCGCCUAGUCCAGGCAAACUGCAUCGGCAUGGGACUGAGCACAAAGCAAAACGGCAAAAUCGAAAGCAACGGCAGGGGGGGCAUCAAAAUACUAACCAAAAUGAAGACAGCGGAGGUGCGUUGAAUGACGCAGCGCUUGUUCGUCUCUUGCCAGGAGUGAGGAACGGCAGCGACUACUCAAACACGGGUGCGCGACAGGAGGCGGCGGCCGCGGUGGCGUCAAGGCACUGGCUCCUGGAGAGGAACGAUGCGGCGCAAUUCCAUCUCGAGGUCAACACAAGGGCCACCGGUGGUGGAAGAUUGGACGACUGCAGCGUAAGCCCGUGUCGGCACCUGCACGCCCAAGGCGUCGCGGAAGCGGAGUGGAUGGACGACGAGGCCGUCAUUGCGAUUGAUGUGCUGCGCGAGUGGGGGGGGAAAGAAAAGGAGGAGCUCUUUCUGCGGCACCCGCGCCUGGAGCCCUACACCACCGGGGAGCCCCUCACCCCGCUCUCCGCGGUCCUAACGGGACUUUCGCUUGGCACCACCCCCACGAGCGAUAGACACGCAAGAACCACCUCGUUGCAGGCUCCCCCGCCGAAUACCCCCUCCCACGGGCGGCACCAAGGGAACAAGGCCCAGGCCUUGGGGUGCCAUGCGCCAGCGAAUGACCCGGAGCCUCUUCUCAACCACAGGGGCGCGGUGCCUCGGAAUGAGCCACUUCAAGUGGGUCACGUAACGGCAGGUCUCCCACCACAAGAGGGUCAGCAUUCACUUGAGGCCAGGUCCGUCGCUAAAACGGGUGAGGUGUUAGAGGAUGACAAUGUCUUGAGUCGCGGACUUCGCGGACAAAGUAAUCAGACUGUGGAAGACAUUGGGAAGCUGUGGCUCCGACGGAGGGGUGAAAGGAUGAACAGGCGUGCGGUGCGUAUGAGCGGUACCGUUGCGGAAUGCCACCUGCUUGGGGCGGAUGAUGUCCUUCAAGUAUUGCGGGAUGAAACUGGAGGUGGCGGCAGCGAUGGGGCGCCGCUGCCCGCCACACGGUCUUACGACAAACUCAGCAGGUCAGCUAUACGCCGCGUGGUGGCGCUGGCGGACCGCUCUCUGCGACGGCGCGCGGGUGAUAAUGACAGUAAGGACUUGAUAGACGUCGGCGGGGACGUACGCGUCUCGACAGUAGAAGGCGAGGAGGAAACGCCUGAGACGCCUCAGGCGCUGCAACUUCUAGCCGGCAUCUACCAGUCCGCGGAGGAUGAGCUUUGCGGCGUGAUGGACCUGUGGAAGAUGGCGGCGGCGGCGGCGUGUGCGGAAGCUUUAGAGCUUUCGACACCGUCUACGGCGACGGAAGUUGUCACCUGA